UAAGGCACCCACGCACCCACUUGACUUAUGACGGAUGCUCCGCCAGGUGCCCACAUGACUCCUGAAAACCUCACCUUCGAGUCUUCUUCUCCUGCGAGAACAACUUCUUCAAGGACUGGCGUGCGCUGGGAGCCAGCGAAAAUGGAGGACAUGCAGAAGGCUUUGCAUCUGCUUCAGGAAUCCGGAGGGAAUGUGGUAUCAGGAUUCGUCCAGGUGGAUCACACUGCAAUGGAGAUGUCAGAGCAGGUUGACUUUGCCUGGGGUGGACCUCGUGUGCGCCGCGCACGAAAUUGUCUCUUUCGAUACUCGCAAAGCUUUCCCUGCAGAUUCUUGCUGGGUAUCACGAUCAUACUUGACGUGUACCUUGGCUGCUCGGAGAUCGAUCUCGUCGCAGCAUCUGCUGCAGUGCCUGCAUGGAUCUUGGCGGUUUCCGGUUGUUGUCUGGCAGUUUACUUCCUGGAAGUCUCCGCUGCGCUCUUCAUUCGAGGGUGGAAGGCCUUACACAAUGCUUGGACCCUGGUGAACAUCGCAGCCCUAGUCCAAGGACUCUGUGAUCUACUGGCGCGAGCGGCCUUCCCGAAUCCGGAGCUGCUCCAAGCGUUUCGCAUUGUCAGAGUGCUCCGAAUCGCAAGGAUACUGCCGAUCUUCGAGCGCUUCCGCCUUCUGCGGGAGAUGCGCAAGCUUGUGCGAAUGAUGGUCAGCUGCUGCCGGGCGCUGUUCUGGUCCUUUGUUUUCUGUUUUGUGGUGAUGACCUUCUGGUCCCUCAUGGCUGUGGAGCUGGUGCGGCCCCACAUGCUCGGCCUGGAUGCAGGCCCUGCACUGGAGGGCUGCUACCUUUGUUCCAGGAACCUUGACUCCAUCAUGACAGCCAACCUCUUGCUCUUUAAUGUGGUCAUUGCUGGUGAUGGAUGGGAUAAUGCGGUGGCGCCAGUGAUCCUGAACCAUCCCUGGACGGCCGUGAUCUUCAUCGGAGCCUUUCUCACUAUCUUUUUCGGAGUCCUGAACCUGGUUGUUGCAGUUGUGGUCGAUGAAUUUGCAGAGGCACGACAGAAGGAUUUCAUCUCCAUGGCGCAAGAAAUGGACGAGAGCACUCAGCGCGACUUCAAGUUCCUGGAGAAGAUUUUCCAAAGAAUCGAUGAGGACAGCAGUGGGGCAGUGGACUUUGAGGAGCUGCUGAACGGCGCCAGAAAGGUGCCUGAGUUUCGACACCGGCUGCGAGUCAUGGACAUUGACGAGUCGGACCUCAGGCAGCUGUUCGCCAUGCUUGACAAGGACGGAACUGGAACAAUCCAGCCUUCGCACUUCAUUUCGGCUCUGAGCCGUUGGCUGCAUGAUUCGAAAACGGCCUCCCGCUUCGUCAAGUACAACUUGAUGAAGGCAAUGGAGCAGCAGAAUGAGAUGGGCGACAAGCUGUUGGCCCGCAUGGACAGGAUGGAGAAGCGAUUCAGAAUGCUCUUUGAGGAUUUUUCCGACAGGACAACCUCCAACGUAGAGGCGUUGAAUUCAGAACCUGAGGUCUUGAAGGAGGCAGUGCAUCAAGACAGCGCACCUGAAGCCCAACUCAAACCAUCUGAGCUCAAGGAGCUUGUUCGGGGCCAAUUGGGCGAAGUGUCCGGCAGUCUGGCAGGGACGGCCUUGCAACAAGCUGAAAGGGUGCUGCAACAAUCGCUACAGUCUGCUUUGCGUUUGCUGCAGGAGGCCAUUCUAGAGGAUGCUCCAAUGCUUUUGAGAGAGCAGGACCCAAGCGCCGUGGACAUGCAGGAUGCUGGGCCUCCUAGCAGCAGUCGACCGGGUCCAUUCCUCUCCGAAGACUUCGACAAGGAGAGAAGUGCUUUUCAAGAGCAGGUGUCAGAUUCAAAGCAACCUGACUCUCGCGGCCUGAUAGGGUCUCUGCGCUGGCAUCGGAUCCAGGAGACGUGACAUUUUUAUUGUUGGCAUUUUUCAUGCCGGCCGGGCCCGGGCGGGCGGCUGUAAAAUAAGAACCGAAGAACUCCAUGCGCUAAUGUAGCAGCUGCCUCACAGGGUAGGCAGGUUCCAGGACGAUGAAUGAGCCAAGUGGCUAAGCCAUUUCUGCUCACAUGAUUUCAAGAGCCAGACGGCCAAAGCUAUCUGGCAAAGCAGUAUGUCUGCACUUGACAAACGCGAUAUCUUGCAUCACAACUUACAGCAUCCUG